GUGUGUGUGUGUGUGUGUGUGGAUGGAUGGAGGAGUAGUAGGGAGCGCAUUGGACGGUGGGGAAUGGUCACAUGACAGUGACAGCAUGUUCGAUUUAAAAGAAAGGAAAAGAGAGACUUGAGCAUCAGAUGCGGGCUGAUAUGUGCUGAGGAUUUGGCUGAACACCCGCUCACCUCUCCACUCUCCUGUCUCCAGCAGGCUGCUGUACGGGGGGGGCAGCAGUCAAAUUCGCCACCGCUAUUCCACCGACGCGACAAUAAUUAUUUCCUCUCUUCAGCUUCUGCAAAAUUAAAGCCACUGACCUACCUUUUUUUGUAACAUUCAUCAUCUUAACAGCAGUGAGAAGGCGCAUCCAGACGGAGAGCUUUUCACAAUUCUCCAAAAAAGCUCACAAUAGGAGGAUAUAGCUUGGCAGCUUACAGAAUCGACAAGAGCUUCUCCAGGACCAGGACCUUAUGGAAGCAAGAUGGAAGGAUUCCUCGUAUCUCUGAUGAAAUAGAGCCCUCGCUAGCACACUCCCACCCUCCGUUUCCUCUUCCCUCACUUUCAAAGACCUCGGACCUGUUUGCCAUGAUCGAGAGAAUUCAGGGUUGCAGAAUGGAUGAGCAACGAUGCCCCCUCCCUCCCCCCCUCAAAACGGAAGAGGACUACAUCCCUUAUCCCAGCGUUCAUGAGGUUCUGGGUCGCACUAGCCCUUUUCCACUCAUCCUGCUUCCCCAGUUUGGAGGAUAUUGGAUUGAGGGGACCAAUCAUGAGCCAAAAGACCCACCAGAGGCUGAUCAACUGCCCUGUCCUGCCUCCCACAUCAAACUGGAGACAAACAGCAUCGCCAAGAUCUACAGGAAACAUUUCAUGGGAAAGGAACAUUUUAAUUAUUACACCAUGGAUGCUGCCCUGGGCCACUUGGUCUUUUCCAUGAAGUACGAUGUCAUUGGGGAUCAAGAGCAUCUGCGCUUGAUGCUUCGCACAAAGCUAAAAACCUACCAUGAUGUGAUUCCCAUUUCCUGCCUUACCGAGUUCCCCAAUGUGGUUCAGAUGGCCAAGCUUGUUUGUGAAGAAGUAAAUGUGGAUAGGUUUUAUCCUGUCCUAUACCCAAAGGCAUCAAGGCUUAUUGUGACCUUUGAUGAGCAUGUGAUCAGCAACAACUUCAAGUUUGGGGUUAUUUAUCAAAAGUUUGGCCAGACAUCAGAGGAAGAGCUGUUUGGGAACAUGGAAGAAAGUCCGGCCUUUGUUGAGUUGUUGGAGUUUCUGGGCCACAAGAUUGAGCUUCAUGACUUUAAAGGGUUUCGGGGUGGGCUGGAUGUCACUCAUGGGCAGACAGGGACAGAAUCUGUCUACACAAGUUUCCAUAAUAAGGAGAUUAUGUUUCAUGUGUCCACCAAGCUGCCUUACACAGAGGGAGACUCACAGCAGCUGCAGAGGAAGAGGCACAUAGGCAACGACAUUGUGGCCAUCGUGUUCCAGGAAGAGAACACGCCCUUUGUACCAGACAUGAUCCAGUCCAACUUCCUGCAUGCGUAUGUGGUGGUGCAGGUGGAGAAUGCAUGCACGGAUAAUGUCACCUACAAGGUGUCUGUGACAGCGCGUGAUGACGUACCUUUCUUUGGGCCUGCCCUGCCUGACCCUGCCAUCUUCAAAAAGGGCCAUGAGUUUCGUGAGUUCCUGUUUACCAAGCUCAUCAAUGCAGAGUAUGCCUGCUACAAAGCUGAGAAGUUUGCUAAGCUUGAGGAGCGCACACGUUCAGCCCUGUUGGAGACUCUCUAUGAGGAGCUGCACAUUAACAGCCAGUCCAUGAUGGGUCUGGGUGGAGACGAAGAUAAGCUGGAGAACGGGGGCGGAGGAGGCGGAGGAGGAGGAGGCUUCUUUGAAUCCUUUAAGCGGGUCAUCCGCAGCAGAAGCCAGUCUAUGGACGCCAUGGGCCUCAGUAACAAGAAGUCACACACAGUCUCCACUAGUCACAGUGGCAGCUUUACCCAUAAUCCCGCAGAGAGCCCCAAAACCCCAGGGAUUUCAUUGCUUGUUCCAGGGAAAAGUCCCAGUAAAUAUGGACGCCGAGGCAGUGCCAUAGGGAUAGGAACAAUAGAAGAGUCAUUGAUCAUUCCUGGGAAAAGCCCAACCAGGAAAAAGUCUGGGCCCUUCAGCUCCCGUCGCAGCAGCGCCAUUGGCAUCGAGAACAUCCAGGAGGUCCAAGAGAGGAGCCGGGAGGUGUCUCCCAGCACCCAGAGGACACCAGACUGCAGCCACUUCUCACAGGAAAACAGAUCAGACAACUCCUCCAAUCACAGUUCUCCAGAAUUUCCUGCUACUAAGAACAGUUUGGCCAUGUGUUGCAGGGCAGCGUCCAUCCCCGAGGCUCAGGACCUUUCCCGCUCCUCCUCCAAUGCCAGCAGCUUUGCCAGCGUAGUGGAGGAGCAUGAGGCAGAGGAGGAGUACGACACUGGACUGGAAAGUGUGUCUUGUGUUACACCACUCAAGAGAGACUCAUUUGUGUACAGCUCUUCGGUGGAGGACAGUGCAUGCAGUACCAGCCAGGGAAGUUUUCCAGCAGCUUCUCAUCUUCAGCAGCAACCGGACGGAGUGAAGACAUCAGAGCCAAAAGGGACAGACAGCCAGCCCAAGACAGAGCGUUCCUCGCAGGAGCACAAGUUCUCAUCGCAUCCCCAUAAGAGGCAUCUUUUGCCAAAAACAAGCCAAGGGCAUGUGAACUACACCCCUGAUGCAGAAGAGGAGCAGAGUUAGAAGCCAGAUCAAGAGACUGACAGAUCUUCCUUUGUAAGUUUGGCAUGGAUCUGCUGCCUGUCACGACAGACACCCAGCUCCAUGGACAUGUACCUACCUAUCGCCCUCAUUCCAGCUCUGUGUGGGACCCUCCUUGAAUGGUCAAGGCAAACGACAUGAGACCUCCGCACCCAUGCAGCAUCACUACUGACUCAUUUGUCAGCUGGCUUAGACGAAUAAGUCUGGCUGCUCAUUCUUCAGGCCAGUAAGCUAUGAAUUCUUACUGUAACACUCAAAUGUUGUAUGUCCUCUUUAAAAGAUGAGGAUUUGAACAGGGUUUUAAUCUUGCGACAUAAAGAGUGGUAAAGAAAUGAAGGCUGAUCCAAAAAACUGGAGUUUAGAGUGUGAAACAGUGAAACUGGGUCUGUAGAGAGAAGAGUUGCACUAGAGAGGAAAAUGUUUUUUUUUGUCAACCUCACAUCCCACUGUGAUAUGUUGUACAUGGGUUAAACUUUGAUGUACCGUGUGUGUGUGUGUGUGUGUGUGUGUGUGUGUGUGUGUGUGUGUGUGUGGCUGUGUGUGUGUGUGGCUGUCUGUCGGGCCACAUUUUGUGUUUUAUUGAUGAUCUACUCUUCUUCUUCUGACUAUUCUGCAGUGGAUAUUUGUCUUGUUUUACGACAGCUUCGGUAAAGCUGUCAUGUUUUUGAUGGAGGGUACUUCUGUGAUGCUGUUGUUGGUGGCUCUAAUAGCGCCUUCCUCCGAGGUGGGUGAAAGGUGAUAUAUACCACAGAAAAUACAUCUGCAAUUUUUAAAUUCAAAAUUUAAUUGUAAGUCUGUAGAAAAAAAGAAAUAUUUUAACGUAAGUGUAGACUCUAUUGAUGCUAUAUAAUUAGAGUAAAAAAAACGUAAUUACUGUAGUACCCAAACCAGCAACAUGCAUCCUUAAUCCACACUUAAAGGUACUGAUGUUUAUACCUUUGUCUCCAAAUACUCUGUCACGCACCACUUGUUGAUUUGAUGUCUGUGUACGGGUAUGUGUAUACAAUACAACAGUACUGUGCAUGGUGUAAAUCUGCUUGCCAAAAACCUCUCCUUUGUACACUGGUGCCAUGCUUGACAUAGAGGUGUUGUCCCUGUGAUUUGUGUUUUAUUGAAACCAGCCAACAUCUCCAGAUGCAGUGCACAUUGCUGAUAGAGAGCCAAAUGCCAGUUUCCUACUUUAUUUGUAAAGUGUAAUAUAUGUACGUGACCCAAGCACUAGAUUUUGAGUUAUUUCGAAAUGCUGACCUUUUGAAAAAACCUGAUUUGUUGCUGAAUAAGAAUUACACUGUGAUUCGUCUUGAAGUUGCCUUUCUAAUGAUUGUGUCGCGUGAGCUGCUUUGGAAGAUGGUCAUACUUAAAGGCACUGCGUUGCCAGCUGGCAACUGAAUGUAAAACUAUAGGCAGAUAUGCAUUUAUUUGUUCAUAAUCUGUUCCAAUGAAUGGUGAUAUUUUGUUGACUCCUGACCACAGUAAACUAGAGUGUGAAACAGCUCACCUCUCCUGAGCAGAGAAGCUUUUUUCAGGUCUUAUGAAGGAAAGAAUUGAUACAUAGAGUUGUUUUAUUUCAGUGAUGUGACUGAAGCGGACAUGAGUUUUAUUGUCUAUAGUGAAUUAAUGACAGAAUUUACAGUUUGUUAAAGUACAAAAGUUUUAAGACACUGGACCAAAAGCAAAACAGCCUCUAUACUGCAUUCACCAAGCUGUUUAUAGCUACAAAUAAGAACAAAGUAACUUUUUGCAUUUGAAAAAUUGCAUAGGAAAAAAAUAUAGAAAGAGCUUUUUCUGUAAUUAUUACACAUUUGUGUGUGUAUUGUACAGCCUUUUAAAUUGAUUUAUGGAAAGAUCAUUUAAAAUGAUUUUCCUCUGGACUUUGGAAAUGCUUGAGUGGUUAAAGUACGCCCUCUUGUGGCUCUGUAUUAUUAUAGCACAUCACUAUGUGGUACCAUUCAUCUAACUGUGCUUGCACUGUAUGCCAACAGCCGGUCUAAACCACAACAAGAUUGGGAGCGAAUCCUCUAUGUACUCAAUUCAAAUGAUUGUAUUUUUGUUCUUGUAAAGAGUCUGCUUAAGCCCUUGUUCAAAAGACUUGUUUGUAAAUAUUGCUUUUCAUCCUUUUUUGUAAAUAAAGCCAACAAAAAUGUUUAAUAAAGAUGAAGACGCAUACAAUAGACCAAA